AGACACAACCCGAGAUAAAAACAGGUAGGAUUUGUAAAACGACAUCCAUAUAAUGUAUAAAUAAUACCCGGCUGUAAUAAAAGUCGAGGAUCCUGUAUAGCUAGAAUUUGAUAAGUUAUUCUCAUAAAAAUAUCGGUGUAUUUAGUUAAUUAGUAUACACAAAUUUACAAAAGUUCUUACCUCCCCAAGUGGGUUUUCCGCAAUCUUCACAUUUCGUUUUGAAGCACAUGAUUGUAAAUAAAUAAAUCCUCAGCACUAAAUACCAUUUAGUAAAUAUAAAUUUAAAUCGCACUCCUUUACUCAGAAUCAACCCAAUACUGAGCUAUCCACGAGUCUUCAGUCUCUCGAUACACACAAACGUGACAGCCAGUUUUGGAAGAAUGCUCUGUAUGACCUUGACCUUGAUUUUUUUUUUAAAACUCCAGUCACAUAUGGAACAAUAAACAUUUAUUGUCCAAAAAUCAGUACAGUGACAAAACACUGGUGCAGUAAUGUGCUCUAAAUUCAAAUCACAUUUUUUUCAACAGACACAACAUGACAAUUAUAAGAUUGAUCUUGUUAAAUUAUACCCGGCCUGCAGUAGGUGGCCUGUGUACUUAAAGUUUGUGCAUUACAGCGUAAAAUUAUAAUUCGAUGACUUACAAAACAUUCGCCUACGUGUUAAAAUAAAUUAUUAGCCAUCAGCGAUAUGAAAUAUUUAAAAAGUUGACUUAAACACACACAUACACUCACACACACAAAACCAUAUAUCAAUAUCGAUUUAUUGAUGGGAUCAACAUGGUAACAAAUCCACAUCUCUUAUACAAUAGAUUAGGAAUGUCCCUUCACGCUCAGCACUACGUAUUUGUGAUGACAUAGGGCCUAAACACAAACAGAGUCCAAUGAUGGAUGGUGUAACAGACGCAUCCCUUCACAAAUGAUUUUUUAAUAUAGAAAUACCCCCCCCCCCCAAAAAAAAACUAGAAUAUUAGUAUACGUGUCUUGUUUUGGCAGAACUCAGUAUUUUCAGGGGGCUUUGUUACUAAGCGACGCUUUGCACCCGCACGUUACUAAGCGCUACAAGGAAAAAUAUACUGGCAUGAAGUGCUGAUGUUUAUAGCUUAAACCCUCACAGAUUUUCAAAAGAUGGCAUUUAUCUUUUACAUUUACAUUUUACUUUCAUUUCUGCAAGAAUUUCCCUAGCCGUUAAAAUAGUUGUACUAUAUUUAUCAAGAUUCAUACAUGUAUUGUUUACAUUCAUUUCAAUUGGUAAAGAUUUCAAAAGUGAAAACAAUAGAAAUGUAAAUACUAGCAUAUAUUGACAUUUUCUAAUGUUUUAUGCCUUCGAUAUCUUAACAGUUUAAUUAAUGAAAGCCAUUUCCUAAAAAAAAAAAAAUGCGAUACAGAUGUGAAUAUUGUGCGUAUGAAUCUUGAUAAAUAUAGUACGUCAAUUUUAACGACUGGAAUUUUCCAACAAAUGUGAAUAUAAAUAUAGAUUAGAUAUGUAAUUUCUUUUUUAAAAAUACAUGAGGAUAUUUGAUUGCAACGCUUCAAGCAAAAAUACUUCUCAUGAAGCGCUAGUUAACGUACAAUAGAACAAACGAACAAAUAAAAAAAAUACUUCUCAUGAAGCGCUAGUUAACGUAUUAACGAACAAAUAAAAAAAUACUUCUCAUGAAGCGCUAGUUAACGUAUUAACGAACAAAUAAAAAAAUACUUCUCAUGAAGCGCUAGUUAACGUACAAUAGAACAAACGAACAAAUAAAAAAAUACUUCUCAUGAAGCGCUAGUUAACGUAUUAACGAACAAAUAAAAAAAUACUUCUCAUGAAGCGCUAGUUAACGUAUUAACGAACAAAUAAAAAAAAUACUUCUCAUGAAGCGCUAGUUAACGUAUUAACGAACAAAUAAAAAAAUACUUCUCAUGAAGCGCUAGUUAACGUAUUAACGAACAAAUAAAAAAAUACUUCUCAUGAAGCGCUAGUUAACGUACAAUAGAACAAACGAACAAAUAAAAAAAUACUUCUCAUGAAGCGCUAGUUAACGUACAGACGAACAAAUAAAAAUUUAGUUAUAUAUUCUAGAAAUGAUUCAUAUGAUUUUAAAUCUCACCUUUCACUUAUUUUUCUUUAGAAUAACAUGCACUUUUGAGUCCAUAUAAUAAUAUACAUUGUAAUUGAAUAUUUUUUAAAUAUCUAAAGUAGAUAAAAUUUAAAGUAUAUCACAAUUUACUCCCAUCACCUUGUGAAUUGAAGACAUCCGUUUCAGUUGAUGGCUGUGAUUACAAGCACCUGGUGAGACGCUAGAUUUCUCCGGAAAUCUGAACUAAUGUUAAAAUUAAAGUAUUAGUUAAGAACAAUGAAACAAAUAAAGAUUGUAUACAUAUAUAUAAAGCACUAAAAUUACCAACGACACACACAACAGUGACUAGUCAAAUUUUCGGGACAGCUUGUCCCUUCCUCAGGACGAUAGAAUAUUUACAACUAAACUACAAAAGUUGAUAACAAUAUUAAAAUUAUUGAGUGUAAUAUGUGGAAAUAGAAAAGUCUUGACGCUCGAUGGGAGCAGACUUUUAUAUUGUCACACGUGUACAUCAAAGCCCUUUAACCUUAUUCCCUUUUCAUACAUUGCUCGUCUGGUAUAUAAUGUGCAUAAAUUAAGUGGCGGCCGCCAGUUAAAUGAAUAUGAAUUAUAUACCCUAGCACCUAUCGGCUUCCGUACGUGUGUGAAGUAAUAGGAUUUCGAAACACCUGUACUGCAAACCGAAAGUAGAAUUUACUUGAGAAUCGAGUGUCCUUUGAAAAUACAGAAGGACACAAUAUGAGUGAGGAAAACAGACCCUACGGGAUCCGUGAUAGUUUGGGAAGAACGCCUCUUCAUCUAGCAGCAGAAGACAGUGAUGUGGACAAAAUGGAGGAGUUAGUGUGUACUCGUGGAUUUGACGUCAAUGCACAAAAUGGCCGAGGUAAUACACCCAUGCACUGUCUGUUUGACAAAAUUAUCAUUGACGAUCUGGACAAGCUCAAAAGGGCAAUGUCAAUUCUCUUAGAGAAUGGCGCCGAUUUGAAUAUUAAGGAUAAAUUCCAGGAUACACCUCUUCAUGCUGUGUUUUACAGCUAUGACAAUCUUACACCAGAAAUCAUCAGAUUUUUAUUAACAAACUCCAAUGGCAAAUUCAACAUAGAGGCUCAAAACAAUGUCGGCUAUACAGUCUUCUACAGAUUCCUGACUGAAUUCCACGAAAGCCUGAAGGAAGAUGACAAUUUUUCAGAUUUGAUCCAACAAACAGAAUCAUUUAUCAAUGACUUCAUGGAUGGAACAAUAUGUACACCAUGUCCAGUCAAACGUCUAUUGAACAUGAAAGAUUCCUUUGGUUGUUCAGCAUUUCAGUUGUAUGUCAAUCGUGUUGAUAACAAUAUUGAAACAAUCAAGAAAAUGAUUAAGUUCGGUGCCGAUGUGAACACAAUGUCAAAGAUAGGCGUUACACCGCUUAUGGACGUCGUCUUGGAUAGAGUUGCCCCAAUAGCAGAAGUUUUGCUCAAAUCGGGUGCAAACGUCAAUAACAGAGACAUAUUUGGACAGACAGCUCUUUACAGAGUUCUUACCAAGGAUUGCUUUGACUUACUAAAGCAAUAUGGAGCGGAUUUUACUAUCCGAGACAAAUUCGGGCGACCACCAAUAACGGACGUUUAUCUGUACACCCCUGAAGACACACCAAGGAGUGGAGUGGUCAUUUCAGAAGAAGCAUCGCAACGCCAGCCUUUAUACCAGUUAUUUUUAGAAAAUGGAGUGAGUGUUCGUGAGACUGACAAUUUUGGUUCAUCUCUUCUUCACUAUGCGGCUUGGUAUGGUGCUCCCAUUAUGGCGUCAGCUCUUAUUGAUCAUGGUGUUUCACUUGCUGUCGUUGAUAAUGAUGGCAUCUCCCCUGCCGAAUUGGCUAAAAGGGUCGGAAACUACGAACUCUGCAGUUUGCUGAGUGGCAAUCCAAAUGAAGUAGAUUUCAAGGAUCCAGCUAAACGGCACUAUGUAAAUCUACUGAUUUACCACGAAGAUGUAUCAAAUAUUGACAACGCCUUGCAUGAAGUCUUGGAUUUUCGUGAAAAUCCUUCAGAAUUGUUAAAGAAUUUGAUCAAUUCACCGAGAAUGGGACUUGCUGCCAAAGAGCCCGAGGCAUACGAAGUUAAAAAUGAAAUAUUAAAACUGAUGAACAAAAUUGCCAUUUCUAUAGGAAGAGCAGAUCCCGAAUUUAGAUGUACGGUUUUUCCUACCGGAAGUUCGGAAGAUGGAAGUAAAAUUGGGGAGGCUGAUGAGUUCGACUUUACGUUUUGUUUAGAUUUCUUUUCAGAAGAAUGCGCACCUUAUCAAGACAAAGAUACGCUGAAUAGUGGAUUUGCAACACUGAAGUUAAAAUCUUUUCAUGAAUCCCAUCCUUUAGUCAAGUAUACAACAGAUGAAUAUGUAAUCGAGUCGUACAUUGUGCGAGACACUUUCCAAGACCUUUUCACGAGUGCUGUCAAUGAACCAGAGAUCUGGAACCAGAAUGCUUUUUAUUUUGAUGGACUCCUAAACUUUCCACUCGACAAACCAAUUCUAAACAUGGAGGUGCACUGGUGUGGGCGGAUAAUGAAGAGCAUAAUCAUUAGCAUUGAUGUUGUCCCUGCAGUAAGAACUGGGGAUUGGAUACCAAUGGAGAUGAGAAAGAUGGACCUUGACGUCCCUGUACGAAAAGUUUCAAUACAAGACGAGUGCUUUCUCUUGUUCCAACCACCCGAGAUGCGUGACAAACAAAGGAGGAAAUAUUUGAGGAUAUCGAGAUUUUCCAGCGAGGUAAAGUUCCUGAAGAGCCUGAGUAAUGUCUUCCUAGAAAGUUAUGCUGCUGCCAAAGUAUUGAUAUGUGAUCGUUUUUGUCCACGACUGUUAUUUACGGAAGAUUUAGAUAUAGAACAAUUGUUUUGUGAAAGCUCUUCAAGCACAAACGGUUCAAUCGAAAAUAUCCGUGAAGAUAUGGCAUCCGAUGAGGACGAGGUUGAAAGUGAAGAUGUGAGCCAAUCUUCGGGAUCCAAACACUCGCACAUCUCGGACGCCGAAGAUCUGGAAACUUGUUCCGGGAUAAUUCAGGGGACUAUUCUGUUCAAGCAAGGAGCGCUGCGUGAUCUUACUUCAUGCGUUGUUGAAAUCGACCAAACUUUACGAGGUUGUAAGUUGUUUGUUCCAAAAGAGAGCGUGCAACUGAAAGUUUCUGAUCUUUCGUUCUCAACACAAAACAGAGAAUUAACGGCCAGAAUGUGCACCGUUAUUCGGUCCAUCCAGAAAGAUACAAGCAGAUGGAUCAUGUAUGGACCCUCGUCGAAUAUUCCUAAGAAUGAAACACUGGAUGCAGUUAUAAUGGAUAGUUUAUCUAGAGAGGAAAAUCAAAACUUGACAGUUGCAGAAUGGUUAACUUGUACUUUCCCAUCGAUCAGACAAGACUCGGGUGAUGACAUUGAUGACAACACUGAAAUGGAUCAGACUCAAGAAGACGGUGACCACAUUCCCGGUAAAGAAACUACGAAUGAAAAUUCUGUAGAGUUCGCGAAUAUCAGCAAAGAGGCCAUUGAUGAGAGAUCUACAGUUUGUCCGGAACCCGUUCCAGAACCCGAGACCGAAACGAAGAAUAUCACUUGGGAGGGUGGGGAAAUUGUUGAUGCUUACGAUACUAUAUCUAGUUACAUGCUGAAGAGCUGUCUCUUUUAUGUUGCUGUGGAUCUAAAAGACAAUGUUGAUAUCAAUCAGUUGGAUAUUACAAUUAAACUUUUUGAAAAACUAGGAGAAUGUGCAGAUGUACAGAGACUUGAUUCCUUCUUUUUGCCAUAUCUAGACGUUUUUACUUUUGCCAAUGAACACAUUAAAUUGAUACCAAAGGAGGAAAUCUCAGAAAAGAUUCAAAUUCAAUGCAGACGAAUAAAACUAUUUUGUGAAGUCGUACUUGGGAUUUUGAAACAGAACACCCGAGCAUAAUUAGAGACUGCAACCAUGUACAUGUAGUUUUACUGCUUUCCUGCAACGCUACAUCAAAAUUCAAAAUAAAUUGAGUAAUAAAAGUUUGACAAAGUCAA